ACCAUCGUCUGCAACAACCAACGAUGCCCCCCUUCAUAUCAAUAUCAUCCCACAUCGAAACCUGCUCUCAAAUUAAAAAUAAAAAUAGCCCCAGAACCUAACCCAACCUGGGCAAGCUUUGGAUUCACUCUUCGUUCUCUCUCUCUAUCUCUCUCACUCAUUGUCUGUAACUUGGAAGAAAUGAACGAAGUAGUUAGCAAUGGAUUAGAUGAAAACUCGAAACCAGAGAAAGACAGAGACAACCCUCCCCCCACCAAAAGCCAAGCCAGUUUCUUCAAGACAAUCUCAAUCCCACCAAACCUCCCCAUUAAAAAAAAAAUAUAAUGAUAAUUUCUACCCAUAACCCAUCGAUCCUAACAAUGUAACUCACCCAAUCUUCUCUCUUAUAUUCCAUUCUUUCUCUGUAUUUCCAUCCCUCUCCUCACCUGCUCCUGUUCCUCUCUUACUCAUGCAGCCACCUCGUCGGAAAUCAGCACCCCUGUUCCCCUCCGACACCGUCCCGAUGAAGCAUCCCGGCGCCGGCGCCCGGAAAAGCAACAACCUUUCCUUGUUCGUGGUGGUUUUCUCCGUGUUCCUCUUCGGAUGCUUCAUGUACAACGAAGACGUGAAGUCUUUGGCGGAAUUCCCGUUUUCGUGGCCUAAACCAAGUGAUAAUCAGGAAAUCAAAGAGGAAGGAUCAAAUCCGAGCGUCCCAGUUCGGGAAAUUAGAAAAAUUGGGGAGGAGGACAAGGUUGUGAGGAGUGCGAGAACGGGAAUGGAAGAAACCCAGGUGGGCAAUUCUGAGGAAGUCGCCCACGACUCCCUCAAUCUGAAAUCGAUCUUGGCGAAGGAAGAACAGAGGAGGGAGGAAUUUGAAGAGGAGGAGGAGGAGGCAGAGGAGGUGAAAUUGCCGUCGGAGGAUUGCGAUCUGUUUACAGGGGAAUGGGUUUUCGACAACGUCACGCACCCACUGUACAGAGAAGACGAGUGCGAGUUUCUUACGGCGCAAGUAACCUGUAUGAGGAAUGGGAGGAAGGAUUCUCUGUACCAGAAUUGGAAAUGGCAGCCGAGAGAUUGUUCUUUGCCCAAGUUCAAAGCGAGGCUGUUGCUGGAGAAACUUCGGGACAAGAGGCUGAUGUUCGUGGGGGACUCGUUGAAUCGGAACCAGUGGGAAUCCAUGGUUUGUCUGGUUCAGUCGGCGGUUCCUCCGGGCAGGAAGAGCUUGAACAAGACGGGCUCUCUCUCUGUCGUCAGACUUGAGGAUUACAAUGCCACGGUAGAGUUUUAUUGGGCCCCAUUUCUGGUGGAGUCAAAUUCGGACGAUCCGAAUAUGCAUAGCAUUUUGAACCGGAUCAUAAUGCCCGAAUCCAUCUCUAAGCAUGGUAAAAAUUGGAAGGACGUGGACUACUUGGUCUUCAAUAGCUACAUUUGGUGGAUGAACACUGCAAAUAUGAAAGUCCUACGUGGAUCAUUCGAUGAAGGGGCUACAGAAUACGAUGAGAUCGAACGGCCGCUAGCUUAUCAAAGAGUUUUAAGUACGUGGGCCAAGUGGGUAGAAGAAAAUAUCAAUCCAAAUCGUACCACGGUUUUCUUCAGCAGCAUGUCUCCUCUUCAUAUCAAGAGCUUGGAUUGGAACAACCCGGAUGGGAUCAAGUGUGCAAAGGAGACCACCCCAGUACUGAACACGACGACCCAUUUGGAAGUGGGCACGGACCGUCGGGUCUUCAGAGUAGCGGCCAACAUCACCAAAUCCAUGGGUCGGGUGCCCGUCCAUUUCCUCAACAUAACCGCGCUAUCCGAAUACCGCAAAGACGCCCACACCUCCGUCCACACGAUCCGACAAGGCAAGAUGCUCACGCCCGAGCAGCAGGCCGACCCGGCCAACUUUGCGGACUGUAUCCAUUGGUGCCUCCCGGGUUUACCCGACACGUGGAAUGAGUUCCUUUACACACGUAUUAUCUCUCGGCCUAAUUAACACAAUUUUUAUUAAAAAAAAUUAUAAAAGCACGGCCUUUUUUUCUUUUUAAUUUUCUUUUUAAUUUUUAAAAUUUUUAAGGGAAAGGGUGGUUGUAUUUUUUGUGUUGUACUUGUCUUUUCAUUAUCUAUUUUUUAAAAAAAAAAUUUCUUAUGACAUGUUUGCUCCUUACCUUUUCCCUCUUAGUUUUCUCAUGACUUGGGUCGGGUCAGUUCUAGGGUCGGACCGUUGGUGUAAUUUUUUGUUAUUUGGUCAGCCUAUUUGACGUGCCCACAAGUGGACAAUGUGAUUCAUCUGCCUUAAUUGUAAAAUAAUGUAUUUGUUGAACAGAAAAUAAAGUAAUACAAAAUGUAUGUAAGUUUCAUUUCAA